GGGAUAUGGGGCAUUCAGAACGCUUAACCGCCCGACCAAGAAAUAAACGGCAUCACACUUCAGAGGCAUCGCCUCCCUCUGCGCUCUUGAGAAGCCCAGUUAACCAACAUUCUCAUGGAUCAAAACGACGUGCACGGCAGGACAGUCCAUCACCUGGAGCCAGGACUCCCUAUGGAUCCCUAUACCCACCAAAAGGUGAAAAGAGGAAGCGAACAGCAAGUCUCAACGAUUUGCAUCUAUCCACCGAUCGCAACCCUCUGUGGCUUGCCAUUCAACAACAUCCUCCACCCCUGCCCCUGCCCUCGCCUGCCAGCAUCCUCCCUACAACAUCACACAUAGAAACCAGUCCCUCUAAGCGAUUAUCGCAACAUGGUGUAAGGCGAUGGCACGCCCUCAUGGAACUCGUAUCCACAGAAGAAGGGUAUGUUCGGGACCUGAAGAUCCUCGUCAGAAUAUACCUCGAGCAACUAUCUUCGGUUGUUUCCUUGGAGGAGGAUGCAAGAACCGAAAUCGCACGUAAUGGAGCAGAGUUGUUGACACUACACAAAAAAGUCUAUCGACGCCUCCAACGGGUCAUCACCGAAGAACAGGUGGAAAAGACCAAACCGGCAACUACACUAGCACAACGUAAAGUGGAAAAAGCCAUCAAAAGGGUAGCUGAAAUAUUUAUUAAAGAGGCCGCUUCCUUUCACUUGUAUGAAUCUUUUUGUGCAGGUCACUCGCAAGCACUGGACCUCAUUCGACAAGUCAGGGGACUGCCAGAAUGGGAUAU